AUGGAUGGUUUUCGUGAUAUUCUGGAGGAAUUGUCUCUGGUUGAUGUCAAAACUGGAAAUGGUUGGUUCACGUGGUCUAAUAACAGGGAGGGUGCCAACCACGUUAAAGAAAGGCUGGAUAGGUUCCUGGUUUCGGAGGACUUGAUCGAAAAUUUACCUUUCAUUUCUACUAAUGUGGUUCGCCAGUCCAAGUCUGACCAUGAGGAGAUCUUGUUAAACACUCACGAUAAUAAACCGAUUGAUAAGGGGAGCGACUACAGAACUUGUUUUAAGUAUGAUGUUUGCUGGGCUAAGGAUCAGGAGGCUAGGGAUCUCAUUAGUCGGGUUUGGAAUGACAAUAAAUGUCAUACUCUGACUAAGAUGAAUAAUAUUCGGGAGAAGCUGGGUCCGUGGCAGUACCAAAAGUAUAGAAGAAUGAAGUAUAAGAUAAAUGAACUGGAAAAGAAGAUUGAUACAAUAUUUGAUGGCACUAGUAGUGAUGGUUCGUUGAAUCUCCUGAAGGAAGCUCGGGGUCAGCUGGGGCAAUUGUAUGACGAGGAAGAAAGAUACUGGGCUCAGAGGGCUCGUAACCAGUGGCUUAGAAAAGGUGAUAGGAACACUCGCUACUUUCAUGUACGGCUACGGGCCGAAAGAAGAAAAAUAGAAUCGAUAAGCUUAAAGACAAGCAAGGUCUGUGGCACAGUGACAAGAAUGAGAUUUGCCAGGUCGUAUGGAAUUAUUUCAAUGAUCUUUUCAAAACCUCAUGCCGGGGGAGGAGGUCGAUCUACACUUCGUUCUGGAAUGUAUCUCCGACAACACGAAUUGUUUCUUAAAUAG